AUGAACUAUGACUCUGGCAAAGAUAACAGACUUAUUAAAAACCCAGUUAGUUUAGGUGGCUUUGUUCCAACACUUCAAGAUAUAUGUUUAAAUAAGAUCAAAGAGAAUAUAGAUAGCAUCAAGAAUAUCGGACUCAUCAAUAAUGAGUUGUUGAUCAGAGUGUUUGAGAAAUGCACUCCGAGUCAACUAGGUGCACUUGAGCGCAAGCUUUCACAUAGAGAGAUUGAUACAGGCUUCAUUUGGAGGAGGUUCUGCGUUGUAGAGUUCAAUGUGGAGACUUUGGAACAUGGCGUAGGAUCAUGGAAGGCUUAUUACAAUAAACUUCAGAAUGAUUACCAGGAGAGAACAACAAGGAGUAUAAGAGCAUUGAGAUCACAGUAUAACGAGAAGGAGAAUGAGAAAAAGUCCAAACAGAUCAAGGUCAUCUCAAUGCCAGACAAUAGGCCAAGAGCAAGUGGCGGCGGCGGUGGCGGUAGAUCCUAUUCAUCUUCUUCUUAUUCAGUUGGCAGAAGUUCAUCGUCAUCACCCAAGGCCAGUACAAGCAGACAAGCGCCUGCUGCCAGCACAACUGGAAAGUUGAUGGCCAAGGUUCUAAAGGAGCACAGGAGGUCAAAGAACUGA